UCGAGAUGCUCAGCGGUGAAAAUGAAUGAUGGAAAGCGAUAUCUGUACAGACAGAUAGAUAGGGGAGCUGGAUAGAGUCUUUGGCUUGGCAGAUGCGCAGCGGUGAAAGUAAAUCAAGGAAAGGAAAGCGAUACCUCGUCUCUCGCUAUCUCUCUCCCGAACCCCCACCAAAUUCAACAUCCACCAUUCUUCUGUUGCCCUGAUUGAUUGUUUCUUGUGGACGCCAUGGCCGCCCACGGCAAGCCCAAGCCCAAGCCGCCCGGCGCCCCCGCGCCGCCGCCGCCCCCACCGCCGCCGUCGGCGGCAGAGGCGAAGAAGGGCUUCAUGCGCCGGAUGUUCCCCUUCCUCCUCGCCGUCAACGCCUUCGUCGGCGCCUACGUGCUCGUCAGGACCUACUACAAGGACUCCCCGGCCAAGACCGCCGACUCUGCUUCCGCCACUGCAACGGCGUCCACAUCGUCUGCCGCCGCCGCCGCCGAGUCCACUGACCCGCCGGUGGCAACGCCCGCCAAGGUGCUCCCGCCGAUCCCCGAGGACGAGCAGCGCCGGGUCUACAAGUGGAUGCUGGAGGAGAAGCGCAAGGUGAGGCCGCGCGACGCCGCCGAGAAGAAGAGGCUCGACGACGACAAGGCCCUGCUCAAGCAGAUCAUCCGCGCCGACACCCUCCCGGUGCUCUGAGACCGGAUGCGUGGAUGGGUGGAUGAAGCUCACCGCCAGAUUGAUCGAGGUUGCUGCUUGCGUCUGUCAUUGCUUUGCCUCAUGUCUCUCUUCUCUGCUAAAGAGAAUGGUUUGCUUGGACUCUUUAGUUAGUUGAUUGUGUCGUGUGGUCCUGUUAUUAUUAUCAUCUUAUAUAAGUUAGUGCGAUGCCGAGAGGCCCAUCUCGAGCUGUUUUAUUUAUAUUUAUGUGGAUGCAGACAGGCUGGUCUUGUUGCUUGUGUUGCCCUGUGCUUCUUCAUGAUAAGGAUUUGGUUCGUCUCAAACAAGAUAGUCAACUGAUUGAUUCA